AUCUUAUCUCUAAAAUAUAAACUGUAUAAAUUCUUGCCUUGGUAGUCAACUUACAUCAGUAGCCAUUUUAUAAUAUGUCUAUAUGACUUGUGGAUUAUAUAUGUAUUCAAUUCAUCAGAAAAAUGUCAUUCUUUUUAUUUCUUUAUUUUAUUAUUCUUGGUGUCGAAGCUGGAAAUAAAAAAUUAGUUAAUCUCCACCAUCAAGAAAUAUCUAGCAUUGAAUUAAGAUCCAACAAAAUACUUACUAGUGCCUUCAACCAUCUGCAGAAUUUGGAAUAUGAAGUUAUAGAGGACAACAUGGAAGGUUUAUCAAAUAAACUUAAAAAAUACAACUUUUUAAGCAAGAAAAAUAAAACAAACUUAGAUUGGUGGCAAACAGGCAUCAUUUAUGAAAUAUACCCUCGAUCUUUUAUGGAUUCAACUGGCAAUGGAAUUGGAGACUUACGUGGAAUAAUUAAAAAAAUUCCCUAUCUUAAGUACUUGGGCAUAUGUGCUGUUUGGUUAACUCCAAUAUACCCUUCACCGGGAGUUGAUUUGGGUUAUGACAUAAUGAAUUAUAGAGGAAUAGAUGAACUUAUGGGCACAAUGGAAGAUUUUGAAGAGUUAAUAAAUAAACUUCACGAAAGCGGAAUCAAAAUUAUUCUUGAUAUUGUACCAAACCAUACAAGUGAUCAACACGAAUGGUUUGAUAAGUCUGUACAGAGUAUAGAACCGUAUACAGAUUAUUACUUAUGGGUCGAUGCAAAAUAUGUAAAUGGGACCAGACAAGUGCCAAAUAAUUGGAAAUCACUAUUUGGAAAUAGUAUAUGGGAGUGGAAUGAAACCAGACAAAAGUAUUACUUACAUCAGUUCUAUAAGCAACAACCAGACUUGAAUUAUUGGAAUCCAUUAGUCCGUGAAGAAAUAAAAGACAUGAUGCGCUUUUGGUUGGAUAAAGGUGUUGAUGGAUUUCGAAUGGAUGCGAUUGCACACCUAUAUGAGAGGCCUGAUUUACUGGAUGCACCUGUGUUGGGCGAUGGAAACCUACAAAAAGUUGGUUAUACACAAGCAUUAGAUGAAUGUUUUUACGAAGUAAAUGACUGGAGAUCUUUAUUAGAAGAAUACAAGAAAAAUGAUGGCCAAACAAAAAUCAUUAUUGUUGAAACUUAUUUAGAUUUAAAAUAUACGAUGAAGUAUUAUGGAAAUGAAACAAACCUUGGAGCUCAUUUCCCACUAAAUGUAUGUCUUGCACGUCUAGAUCAUCCAUCUGCAAAAGAAUUUGUUGAGAAACUAACAGAAUGGAUAUCAAAUUUACCAUCUGGAGCAUGGUCAAGUUGGAUUAUUGGAAAUCAUGAUAUUCGUCGUCGUGCAACCACGAGAUUUGGAUUGGAAUUGAUAGAUGGUAUUCAUAUGCUACAAUUACUCUUACCAGGCACACCCGUUGUUUAUAUGGGCGAUGAAUUGGGAAUGACAGAUACAUAUUUGAGAUAUGAUCAGCUUAUUGAAGAUAUGUCUAAAGAAUUUGCAGGUAUACCACGUGAAACAGUUCGUACACCAUUUCAAUGGGAUUCCUCACCUCAAGCUGGAUUCUCUAAUAAAACAAAAACAUGGUUACCGGUGAAUCCUAAUUAUGUAACCUUAAACGUUGAGUUUGAACAGAACGCUAGACGUAGUCACUUGAAGAUAUUCAAAGAAAUUGUAAAUCUGAGGCAGUUGGAAAUAUUCCGAACGGGAGACGUAAAAUUUUACGAAAUAUCAGAAUAUGUAUUUGCUUUUUCAAGAAGUAACAAAUUUUUAAAGACCUACUUUACUGUCAUUAAUCUUGGAUCUGAAUUAGAAAAUAUUAACCUCAAAAAAUUCAAAAAGAGGCUAUCUUCUAAGUUGACUGUGAAAAUUUCUAGUUUGUUUGCCGAACAAAAUAAUGGAGACGUUGUUAGUGCUAAAUCGUUUACUUUAAGACCUUCUGCGGCACUUGUUUUGGAGUCAUCGUUUUAAUAAUUUAUGAUUUGAAGAGAAUAAAUUAUUUAAAUUUAUUAUACUUAGUGUAGAAAUUGUAAUUGACUAGGAGAAGUUUAGAUUUUAUUAAAUUUAGAAAAUUAAAUUUUGCCUUGAUGAUUAUGGACAUUGUCCAUUGGCUUUUGCAUAAUGCAUAUAAUUGACAACUGUAUUUAAAUUUCUUUUUUCAUAUGAAUAUUAAUUAAUAUAUUAUAUG